GAGGAGGUUGGCGGCGGUGGGUCGUGUCGAGUGGAUGCUCUGAGUAAAGCUGACGUGCUGUUCUGUCCUGUCAGGCUGAUGCAUGUAACCAGUGAGGAGUCUACAGUCCUCAGGAGCCACAGCACACCCCCUCUCCACCUCCACCACCUCUCUGUGUGUAAAGGGGCAUGCCUUCUGAAACAAGCUUCAGCAGUAAGGAGAUGCUGACAGGACAGAGGCUUUGCCAUUCAAAGUCCCACCAGGAUUCAGUUCUCUCUGCCCUCAACCAGCAGAGAAAGGAUGGCCAACUGUGUGACGUCACCCUGGUGGCUGGGGAGCAGAAGUUUCAUGCCCACAAAGCCGUCCUGGCAGCAUGCAGCGAUUACUUCAGGGCCAUGUUCAGCCUGUGUAUGGUGGAGAGUGAGGCAGACGAAGUGACACUACAAGGAGUGACCAGCGUUGGACUCAAACAUGCUUUGGAUUUUGCCUACACUGGACAGAUUCUGCUGGAGCCAUCUGUCAUCCAGGACGUCCUGUCUGCAGGCAGCCACCUUCAGCUGCUGGAGCUCCUCAGCCUCUGCUCACACUACCUCAUCCAGGAACUCAGCAGCGUGAACUACCUGGAGCUGUACCGCGUGGCCGACCUGUUUCAUUUGCCCACCCUGGAGGAGGCCGUGGUGGGCUUCUUGGUGGAACAUCUGUCCGAGCUGAGUCAGAGCCGGCAGGACGAGGCCCAGCAGUUGCCCUAUCGCCUCCUCAGGGAAGUGCUGAAAAGUGACCGCCUCACAUCCCUGAGCGAGGAGGAGAUAUGGAAGCUGGUUGUUCUGUGGCUGGAACACGACUGCCGCUACCAGUACGCCGAGGAUCUCCUGCAGCACAUCCGCUACGGCCUGAUGGAUGUGCCCACCUUACACCACCUCGCCCACAGCCACCCUCUGAUCCAGUCCAGUCCCAGUGCCACCGCCCUGGUGGACGAAGCCCUGGACUACCACCACGCCACCUUUGCCCAGCCCCUCCGCCAGUCAGCCAUCACCGGGCCCCGCUUCCAGUCCCUCACCCUCUACAUCCUCGGGGGCCGAAAGCGGGAGGUGAGCCGAGUCAGGGAGGUGAGGUACUUCAACCCGUCUGCGCAGGAGCAUGUGCGCGUGGCGGGGGGCUCGAACUGGAGCGAGCUGGCGCCCAUGCCCACCGGGCGCAGCCAUCACUGCGUCGCUGUGAUGGGGAACUUCCUGUUUGUCGUUGGGGGGGAGGCGGAGCAUGCCUCCGGGAGGAUGUGUGCAGUGAGGACUGCGUGUCGAUACGACCCCAGGGGAAACKGGUGGAUUGAAAUUGCCCCCAUGAAGGCCUGCAGAGAACACUUUGUCCUGGGAGCUUUGGGUCAGUACCUGUACGCUGUGGGGGGCAGGAAUGAGCUGAGGCAGGUGCUGCCCUCUGUGGAGCGCUACUGUCCCAAGAGGAACAAAUGGAUGUUUGUUCAGCCGUUCGACCGCUCGCUGUCCUGCCAUGCUGGCUGCGUGGCCGACAACCUCCUCUGGGUGUCAGGUGGGGUUACUAACACUGCUCAGUACCAAAAUCGGCUGAUGGUGUAUGACCCGGAACAGGACCAGUGGCUGGCCCGCAGUCCCAUGCUGCAGAGGCGGGUGUACCACGUCAUGGCGGCCGUGAGGCGGCAGCUCUACGUGCUCGGCGGGAACGACCUGGAUUACAACAACGACCGCAUCCUGGUCCGUCACAUCGACUCUUACAACAUAGACCUGGACCAGUGGACGCGCUGCUCCUUCAGCCUCCUCACAGGUCAAAAUGAGUCUGGAGUGGCCAUCCACGAUGACAGGAUCUACGUGGUCGGAGGAUACUCCAUUUGGACCAACGAGCCUCUGGCCUGCAUUCAGGUGCUGGACCUGAGCACAGGAGGGAAGGAGGAGGUGUUCUACGGGCCAACGCUGCCUUUCGCUUCAAACGGGAUCGCGACCUGUUUCCUCCCCGCCCCCCACUUCACCUGUCCAAACCUGCAGACCCUCCAAGUCCCCCAUCACAGGAUCGGUGCGGUGUAAAGUGAAACGACGACAUGAACGCACAACCAGAAGGUGGCCCUCGCUAACAAACCUGACAAAAAAAAGCAUUGGUUUUAAUAAACAUACUGGAGUCUGGGUGCUUGUUCACUGUGGGGUGAACAGGGGUUCCUCUGAUUAGAGAAAUGCAAUUCUUGAAGCUCCUGUGAACAAACUGCUGUUUUCUUGUGGGGGUGGGGGUGGGGGCACAGGAAAGUCAGUGAGCACGAUUCCUCCAGAGGAAAGGCAGCAUGUUGUUAGGAAAUAAGUGAACAAAUAGUGCUAAUCUGUCCAACUAGCCACAUGCAUUCAAAGGUUUUUAUAACCCAUCAUAGGGCUGAUAGAGCUUUUCUCUUAAAAAACAAUAAACUAUACAUCUUUUUAACUCCUAUGGUCACUUCUUUAGCCUGAAAGCCACGUUUUGACAUAAAUUUGACAGUCUAGUUUUUGCUCAAACUCACCAGCUUUUUAUUUUUUCAAGUUUAACAUAAUUGUUGAACUCAUUUGAAAAGCAGUAACCAAGUAUGACUGCUAUCAACCUGUUUGUGAGUUUUAUUUAUUUUGCUUCUUUUACGCUCAGGACCUAAGAUUGUUUAUGUUCAAGUGAAUGUCGGAACAUUACAGUUCAGCACAUAUUUGUGGAAUAUUCUCCAAAGUGUGGACAUUUAUGAUUCUGCAUUGACUUAAAAAAAAGCAAGCUUUGAUGAGAUGAAGACAACAAAAAACGCCUUCACUUCCCAGGUGCACCCAAAACACACCUACGGGGAUAUAUGGGGCAAGAUGCAGAAUAAAUUUCCUAUAUUAUUAAAUAAAAAA